UCUACACCUCAUCGUGGGGACCCAGCGGCCAUCGGCUCAGACCGCGCGGGUCAGAGCUGGCACGGAGCCGGGUGCGCAGGACUUUGUUCAGCGGGUUGAAAAGGAUCUCGCAGGCCUGUGGAGCGUAAGAGCCUAGAGAGUUGAAAGGGGACAGUGCAAGAAGGGAAACCCACAUUCCGCAGUGGAGCCGCUCGGCAAGAGGUUGGAGGGCCCGAUGGCUGCGAAGUCCCAGCCCAGCGUCCCUAAAGCCAAGAGUGCCAGCGGCAUCACCAACGGCAAGGCUGCAGCCCAAGGGCAGUGGGGCCGCGCCUGGGAGGUGGACUGGUUCUCCCUGGCGAGCGUCAUCUUCCUGCUGCUGUUCGCGCCCUUCAUCGUCUACUACUUCAUCAUGGCCUGCGACCAGUACAGCUGCUCCCUGACGGCGCCCGUGGUGGACCUUGCCGCCGGGCGGGCUCGGCUCGCGGACAUCUGGGCCAGGACGCCGCCCGUGACCGCGAAGGCGGCCCAGAUCUACGCGGCGUGGGUCACGCUCCAGGUGCUUCUGUACAUGCUGCUUCCUGACUUCUGCCACAAGUUUCUGCCGGGCUACGUGGGGGGCGUGCAGGAGGGCGCCGUGACUCCCACAGGAGCCGUCAACAAGUACGAGGUCAAUGGCCUGCAGGCGUGGCUUCUCACGCACCUCCUGUGGUUUGCCAAUGCCCACCUCCUCUCCUGGUUCUCUCCCACCAUCAUCUUCGACAACUGGAUCCCACUGCUCUGGUGUGCCAACAUCCUGGGCUACACCGUCUCCACCUUCGCCAUGGUCAAGGGCUACCUCUUCCCCACCGAUGCCCGGGAAUGCAAAUUCACAGGCAAUUUCUUUUACAACUACAUGAUGGGCGUUGAGUUUAACCCCCGAAUUGGGAAGUGGUUUGACUUCAAGCUCUUCUUCAAUGGGCGCCCUGGGAUCGUCGCCUGGACCCUCAUCAACCUGUCCUUUGCAGCCAAGCAGCAGGAGCUCUAUGGCCAUGUGACCAACUCCAUGGUCUUAGUCAACGUCCUGCAGGCCAUCUAUGUGCUGGACUUCUUCUGGAAUGAAACCUGGUACCUGAAAACCAUCGACAUCUGCCACGACCACUUUGGGUGGUACCUGGGCUGGGGGGACUGCGUCUGGCUGCCGUACCUGUACACACUGCAGGGCCUGUACCUGGUGUACCACCCCGUGCAGCUGCCCACCCCCUACGCGCUGGGCGUCCUGCUGCUGGGCCUGCUAGGCUACUACAUCUUCCGGAUGACCAACCACCAGAAGGACCUCUUCCGCCGCACGGAUGGGCGCUGCCUGAUCUGGGGCAGGAAGCCCAAGGCCAUCGAGUGCUCCUACACAUCGGCCGACGGGCAGAAACACCACAGCAAGCUGCUCGUGUCGGGCUUCUGGGGCAUGGCCCGCCACUUCAACUACACGGGCGACCUGAUGGGCAGCCUGGCCUACUGCCUGGCCUGCGGCGGCGGCCACCUCCUGCCCUACUUCUACAUCGUCUUCAUGACCAUCCUGCUCACCCAUCGCUGCCUGCGGGAUGAGCACCGCUGUGCCAACAAGUACGGCCGCGACUGGGAGCGCUACACGGCUGCCGUGCCCUACCGCCUGCUCCCCGGCAUCUUCUAGAGGGGGCCCGUGCCAGGAGGAGCCCCCACGGGGCGGUGAAGAGCGCGGUCCCAGCCCCGCCCUCCAGGAGCCUCUGCAUCCUCACGUUCACUGGAGCUCUUGCCCCGAGCACAGUGGCCAGGGUUCACACCAGCUGCCUUCUCACCGUGUGCGGCGCUACCAGGGCGAGAGGAUGGCUUGUCUCCUCUCUGUCUGCUGUCCAGACAGUGGGUGUCUGACAUCAAAGGGGACCUCCUCCAGCCCCUGUGGUCACUCCUGCCCUUAGCUCUUGCUUAGACACAGUAGCACUGGGCCCGCCAGCUCUGCGGGUUGUCGCCCUCCCAGCGUUCAGCUCCAGGUGUUGCCUGCGUCACCCGCGCGGCGCUGGUGAGCUGCGCCCGUCAGACUUCUCCUCUGUGCCCGCACCGUGUUACAUUUGUCUGUGGAGGGCUCUGAGGGGCGCUGCACGAGGAAGGGCCGCUUCUGGUUCUGGUUCUUUACGAACUCUGCUCAGGUGACCCAGAGACCUUGGCCACCAUCAAGGGGGUCUUCACCCAAGCCUUCUCCAAGGAGACCUGAGCCCCAGCCUCAGGAGGCGACCCCUUUCUUACCAUGGCUGGCUCCUCAACCCACGGGUAUUCUUGACUUUUAGAUGUGACUGGCCUGAUAGAGUUAAUCUUUUAUUCAGGUACUUGGGAGACAUCGCGAGUUCAGCUCCUGACCACCCCGAUAAAGCAAACACAGUAAGUCCCUGACAUACGAACAAGUUCUCUUCUGAGAAAGCAUUUGUAAAGUCCGAUUUGUUCAUUAAGUCCAACAGAGUUCGUGUAGGUACCCAGCUAGCACAGUUGGCUGUUUAAUACUGUACUGUAGUAGUUUUAUAGUACUUUUCCUACAAAUAAAACAUUUUUAAUCUCACAGGAUGUAAGUUGAAAAGUACAGUCGUACACUACAGCGGCUGGCAUCAAGUGAGCGGGCAAGAAGGCUUGCUGACUGGAGCGGGGAGAAGAGGCGGGAGAUGGUAGAGCUGAACGAUGGUCAGCGGCAGGAGACAGGGCCAGCUGCAGUGCCACGCCUAAUGUGGACAGAACACAUGUUUGCAUCUUUGAAAGUUCACAUCUUAAAGGUUCCUAUAUAGAGGACUUCCUGUGUCCCAACAAAGCGAGUCACAUGAGUUUUUUGGCUUUGCGGUGCAUAUAGAAUUUAUGUUUACACGAUUCUGUACUCUUUUAAGUGUGAAAUAGCACUGUCCUAAAGGACAGUGUGCAUACCUUUGGUUAAAAAAUGCUUUAUUGCUAAAAAACGCCGAAAUGAUGACCGUAGUAAUAUCAAAGGUCACUGAUCACAGAUCAGUUCACAAAUGUAACGAAAGUUUUGAAGUACGGCCAUAAAUGCCGAGAUGUGACAGAGGGACACAGAGCGGGCAAAAGCUGUCGGAAGAAUGUCACCAGUGUGGUUGCUGGACGCAGGGUUGCCAGAAAUCUUCAAUUUGUAUAAAAGCACCAUAUCUGCAAAGCACAAUAAAUGAGAUGUGACCGAUUUAAACCUCCCCA